AUGGAUGCUGAAGCAGACAUCAUGGAAGCGAGGUUCGACAGGGACAGAAACCCAAGAUACGAUAGCGAAGCAAAUCAAUAUGAAGAUGAGCUAGACAGAAUGUUCAAGAAGAUUAAGGCUGAACAAGAUGCUGAAGAUCUGAUGGACGAAGACUACCAAGAACACAAAUGGAUAACUGCCAAUGAGGACAUGGACUACAAAGACGAAUACAAGUCUGAACUAGACGAUGAAGAGACCAAGCAAAUGAUGUUAGACGAACUGGCAGCAGAAUUAGUGGAACUUGGGAAACCAGACGAAGAAGAGGUUCUGUUCGAGUCUGAUGACGACACACAAGAAGAUGUGGAAGUUGAAUCAGAAGAGGAAGAUGGUGUCGCUCGCGCAGGAGUGAGAUUCGCGGACACAGAUGAUGAUGAGUCCAACACUGAAGGAAUUGUAAGAAGCUACAGUGACGACAGCGUCGAAGUUGGAGCAAAACGGGUACUUCGCCCAAGACACAAUCGAUCCUACUUCUCACAAGGGGCUAAAAUGAGACCCACUGAGAGAUACAGAAGAGAGAAAUCAAGAUUUAGACAGGCAUACCUGCAAAAAUGGAAUCCGCCUGUGCCAAACGUUCUGAGAAACAGGCAUGCGAUGAGAAGAAAAGCACGAAUGAAAAGACUCCGAGUAUCGCUGUAUCAAGCGAUUAAGAAACGAGUUAUCACGCGAGGAAAUGGAGCACAGUUGCAAGGAAACCUUAAGCACGAGCGUUCCAUCCGAGAACGCGUGCACAAUUUGGCAUUCCAACAAGUCGGGAACACAAACAAAGGCGAAUAUGACGCUGACGAAGCGUUGGUAGUUGCUCGUGUUAUUCAACAAAUACGCGAGGGUGUCAACGGUGGUAUCAAUGGACAAGACGGAGUCUCGUUCAUUCAGCAAUACUAUCUGAAUAAAGGACUGAAAAUAUUCAAGGAGCGAGGUAAAGACGCGGCCAUGAAAGAACUUGACCAAUUAAUCAAGCGCAGUUGCUGGACACUGAUCAGUAUUGAGAAACUGAAACCGACCGAAAGAAAGAAGGCCGUAGAUGCGAUGAUGCUACUUGCCGAAAAGAAUGAUGGCGUAACAAUCAAAGGGCGGUGUGUAUUCAAAGGUAACGAGACCCGGGAUUGGUUGUCUCGUGAAGACACUGCAAGUCCCACAGCUUCGCAUGAAGCUAUUAUCUGCACGGGUGUAAUUGAUGCCCAUGAAGGUAGAAACGUCAUGUCAAUGGAUAUACCUAACGCGUUUAUCCAAACAUUAAUGCCCGAGCAGGACGAAGGCGAAGAUCGAGUAAUAAUGAAGAUUACUGGGCUGCUGGUCGACUACAUGAUUGACCUAGAUCCAACGUAUCGGGAUUUUGUAGUAAUCGAUAAUGGACGUCGAGUGAUCUAUGUUGUGAUCCUCCGUGCUAUUUAUGGGAUGUUACAGGCUUCGUUGUUAUGGUACCGAAACCUGAGAACAUCACUGGAAGAAUACGGAUUCGUGUUUAAUGUAUACGAUCCGUGCAUUGCGAAUAUGAUGGUCAACAAAAAGCAAUUGACUAUCAGGUGUCAUGUUGAUGAUGUGCUAGCGAGCCACAUGGAACAAAGAGUUCUUGAGGAUUUCUUUACAUGGAUAAAUGAGAGAUACGGAGGACUAAAGGAAGUGACUUGCACACGUGGACGAGUUCACACCUACCUGGGAAUGACAUUGGAUUAUUCAAAGAAAGGCAAGCUGAAGAUUCGAAUGGACGAUUAUGUUCAAAGAAUGCUUGACGAAUUUUCUGUCAAGUUUAAAGUGGAUGACAAACAGGAAACACCUGCUGGCAAUAAUUUGCUGGAGGUAGGAAAAGGAAAACUAUUGGACAAAGAUCAACAGACCGAGUUUCACCGGUUUGUUGCAAAACAUUUGUUUUUGACCAAACGUGCGCGUCUGGAUAUGCAUCCGACGGUGGCAAUUUUGGCAUCACGAGUUCAAAACCCAAAUCAGAGUGAUUGGCAUAAACUCGUGAGACUUAUGAGAUACAUGCACUCUACCAAGAAAUGGCAUCUCACGCUGAGCGCUGACAACCUUCGUGUAAUGAAGUGGUAUGUUGAUGCGUCUUUUGCGGUUCACCCUGACUUUAAGAGUCACACAGGAGGAGUGAUGACCAUGGGUGGUGGAGCCAUGCAGGCUAUGUCCAAGAAACAGAAGUUAAACAGCCGCAGCAGUACACAUGCGGAACUAAUCGGAGUAGAUGAUGCAAUCACACAAGUGUUGUGGACAUGCAUGUUCAUGGAAGAACAGGGUUAUCCGAUUGAGAAGAAUAUCUUGUAUCAAGACAACAUGAGCUCUAUUCUCCUCGAAAAGAAUGGGAGGUCGAGUGCAGGAAAGAGAAGCCGCGCUUUGAACAUCCGCUAUUUCUUUGUCAGUGAUCAGGUUGAGAAAGGAAAUCUUACGACCGAACACAUGCCGACCGAUGACAUGUGGGGGGAUUAUAUGACGAAACCUUUGCAAGGGGAGAAAUUCCGCAAAUUUCGGGAAUUGAUCCAAGGGGAUAAGGAAGAUUAG